ACAUUUGACAAAAUCCUAAUUGCAAACAGAGGAGAGAUUGCCUGCCGGAUCAUUAAGACUUGCAAGAAGAUGGGCAUAAGAACAGUUGCAAUUCACAGCGAUGUGGACUCCAAUGCUAGGUUAUGAUUAAAUGGUACUAUGGAUCUGCAUGUGCCAGGAGUCCACCAGUACCUCAAUUCAUUCUUCACAUGUGAGCCCACUUGAGGAAUUGUCGACAGGCUGUUGAACUGGAUUUCGUAUCUUGACCCAAUCCUGUGUUUAUCUGCCGCCGACACACUUGUAUGCUGUCCAGAAAGGGUUCAUGUUAAAAUGGCAGAUGAGGCCUCCUGUGUUGGACCAGCCCCCACCAACAAAAGCUACCUCAACCUGGAUGCCAUCAUGGAAACUAUUCAAAAGACCGGUGCCCAAGCUGUCCACCCAGGAUAUGGGUUUCUUUCAGAAAACAAAGAAUUUGCCAGACGUCUGGCUGCUGAAGGUAUCACUUUCAUUGGGCCCGACACGCACGCUAUUCAGGCCAUGGGAGAUAAGAUCGAAAGCAAACUGAUAGCCAGGAAGGCAAAAGUCAACACCAUCCCUGGCUAUGAUGGAGUGGUCAAGGAUGCUGAUGAAGCUGUCAGAAUUGCCAAGGAAAUUGGCUACCCCGUCAUGAUCAAGGCCUCAGCAGGAGGUGGUGGGAAAGGCAUGAGAAUAGCCUGGGAUGAUGGUGAGACCAGGGAAGGGUUCAGAUUUUCUUCACAAGAAGCAGCUUCAAGUUUUGGUGAUGACCGGCUUUUGAUCGAGAAGUUCAUUGAUAAUCCUCGCCACAUCGAAAUUCAGGUUUUAGGAGACAAGCAUGGCAACGCCCUCUGGCUGAACGAGAGAGAGUGCUCCAUUCAGAGAAGGAACCAGAAAGUAGUUGAAGAGGCACCAAGCACCUUUCUGGAUCCAGAGACUCGGAGAGCUAUGGGAGAACAAGCAGUGGCAUUGGCCAAAGCUGUCAGUUAUUCCUCUGCUGGCACAGUUGAGUUCCUUGUGGAUUCCAAGAAGAAUUUCUAUUUCCUAGAAAUGAACACUCGGCUCCAGGUUGAGCAUCCUGUCACCGAAUGUAUUACUGGCCUGGACCUGGUCCAAGAAAUGAUCCGCGUUGCCAAGGGUUACCCACUUUGCCACAAGCAAGCUGAUAUUCCCAUCAAUGGCUGGGCAAUUGAAUGCAGAGUGUAUGCAGAGGAUCCCUACAAAUCUUUCGGACUGCCUUCAGUUGGCCGUCUCUCUCAGUACAAAGAGCCACUACACGUGUCCAAUGUUCGAAUUGACAGUGGCAUUCAAGAAGGAAGUGACAUCAGUAUCUAUUACGAUCCUAUGAUAUCAAAAUUGGUUACGUAUGGAGCGACCCGUGCAGAAGCGUUACAGAGAAUGCAAGAGGCACUAGACAAUUAUGUAAUUCGAGGAGUGACUCACAACAUUCCACUUCUUCGGGAAGUUAUCAUCCACCCACGCUUUGUGAAAGGCGACAUCAACACUAAUUUCCUUCCUGAGGUCUAUCCAGAUGGCUUCAAAGGACGUACGCUGUCAGAUUCUGAGCACAAGGAACUGUUGGCCACUGCUGGAUCCAUUUAUGUAGCUGCUCUGAUGAAGGCUCAGAGAUUUCUUGAAAAUUCUACAAGGAUUCCUGCUGCUAAACAAGAACAGAAGAGCUGGGAGCUGUCAGUACAGCUGGAUGAUGGGGUGCAUUCUGUUACUGUCUCACGAUCAGGGUCAUCAUACACUGUGGAGGUUGAUGGAAAGACACUAAACGUGACCAGUGAAUGGAACCUUGCUUCACCCUUGUUGCCUGUCACCAUUGAUGAUACCCAAAGGAUCUUUCAGUGCCUUUCUCGAGAUGCAGCUGGAAAUAUGAAAAUUCAGUACCUUGGCACCGUGUACAAGGUGCAAGUGCUGACCAAGCUAGCAGCAGAACUGAAUAAAUACAUGCUUGAGAAAGUGCCAGAGGACAGUAGUAAUAUCCUGAGAUCACCAAUGCCUGGAUCAGUUGUCACUAUAGAUGUUGCUCCUGGAAAUGAGGUUACAGAAGGUCAAGAGGUCUGUGUAAUCGAAGCAAUGAAAAUGCAAAACAGUUUGGCUGCACUGAAAUCUGGAAAGGUGACGAAGGUGCACUUCAAGCCAGGAGACACAGUCGGAGAAGGAGAUAUUCUUAUUGAAUUUGAGUGACGUGCAUUCUACAGAGGAGCAUUUUAGAAGCUUUACUUUGCAGCAUGUCCCCAAAUUUUUGAUUGUAACACCUCAACCUACAACUCCCGUCGACGUUCCUCCAAGGAUUUUCACAUUAUUGCUUCAGUAAUAUUUACUGUUUGCUGCAGAAUAGGAACACAUCUAAUUAUUUUAUUGGUAGCACUACACAAUUUUGAAGCCAAUCGCUGGCUUAUUGAUGUGAAAAUGAACCGCUAAUCAAUAUACUAACUGAGGAGAAACAUUAUCACCGGCUUCACAGAAAAGUUAAUGGACGUUUUAUGGUUCCAUCUGCCGCUUCCUCAGACUCAUUGAUUUAUACUUUUCCAAGACGAGUAAAAAUGCUUUCCAAACAUCA